AUGCCGAUUACGCACGUGUUUUGUCCUAUACCGUCAAGUGGCAACAUCGCUAGCCCCCGCGACGACUUGAUGGCAGGGAAUACGCUGUGGGUAGCACUUACUGCUGCCUGCGCCGCCAUUGCGCACAGCCAGAACCCAGACGUGGUCGCGAACGCGGCAUGCCAAGAAGCCGCCACGCCGUACUUGACAAGCACUCUCGUGCCUGGCCAGUUCGCGUCGUCGUCGUUCUUUGAUUGCUUCCGACCGCAGGACCAAAUGUUUGAGUACCUCGAUGCCUUGGUUGCCCGCACGCCAAACAACACACUGACCAAAUUUACGAUCUCCAAGACGUUUGUGGGCAGACCUAUCCCAGCGUACAAAAUUGCCGGUGCGACAGGAGGCCGGUCGACGGUCGUUGUCCUCAGCAUGAUGCACGCCCGCGAAUGGAUCACGGGGUCUGCGACUAUAUAUGCGAUGGCCACCCUCAUUGAUGAACUCGUGACGAGAAAUAAACCACUGUUGUAUGACUGGGUCUUUGUGCCGAUCACGAAUCUCGAUGGGUACGUGGCCACAUGGACGACGGAAGAGCGACUUCGGCGAAAGAACGUCAAUCCGUUGGGCGAAAGCAUUCCGUAUGAUCCGGUCGCCGACUCGAGUCAGAGCGGAGUAGAUCUCAAUCGAAAUUUCGGCCCCCUGUCCUCGUUCAACCUCGUGCCGACGCCAAAAUCUAGCCUUACGUAUCCCGGGCCUUCGCCCUACAGCGAACCGGAAACAAUGGGCAUCCAUACGUGGCUCCAGUCGCACUUGGAAGUGGUUGGAGCCAUCGACAUUCACAGCUACGCCGGGCUUAUCCUGACCCCCUUCGCGAGCACAUCGGCACCUCCCGACGCUCCGUUCAACGAGAAAUUCAAUGCGCUGGGUCAAGCCAUGCAAGACGCGAUCUUCAAGGACACGGGCGUCGUGUACGGCGCUCAACAAGCCAGCAAGCUGUACUUGGCGUAUGGCUCGUUUAGCGAGUACUUUUUCAGACAAUAUGGCAAGCCCAGUAUCACAUUCGAACUCAAAGGCAAGAGCUUUAUCGUACCAUCGUCAAGUAUCCCCAGCAGCGGCGAUCACAUCGUGGCUGUCCUUCGUUCGUUCGCGGAAAGCAUCCCGGCGUUCCUGGCCAACGUGUCAGUUCCGACACCAUCGCCUGCAGACGUAAAGCGUAGCGGCGGACCGAGGGAUAUCCCUUCGUACGUCAUUAGUUUAGUCGUGAUUGUAGCAGUGUUUGCCUGCAAAUAACAUGGCCCUUGAAUCGCAGUCAUCCAUGCACUAGCUCACAUGUGAAUCUGUUGACCAUCGUACGCACAGGACCACAACCUUUGACAGGAGUAGCCGUAGAG